CUUCAUAGUGAACAAGCUGUUUUUGGUCUUCUUUUCUCUUCCAUUUUUCUCGAUCCUGUGCCGCCCACGGAAAGUCCACCAGCGUACGAACCUGUUCAAGGACGCGAAGUCAUAGACCACUCGAACCCCUUGAUCCGUUCGUUCGUUCGGCGGAUUCCGCCCUCCCGGCUCACACAGCACGUUGGAGUCUUUUGAACUCCACCUCCCACUGGUCUUGAACGAUUUUUUGAACCGUCAAAGAUCUCUCACCCGACAGGCCUUGGAACGCAUGGCCAACACGCCCUAUCCCGAGCGGCUUUUGAGUAAAGAGGGCUGGCGCUUAACUCAUGAAAACAUGUCCACGGUCACCUUCUCGUCUCUGUCAACAAAUACCAACGGUUCUUGCCCUUCGUUCGAAUCCGUCCCCUUCACUGCACCUUCGCCAAUUGGCUCUGCUUUGACGACCUUGAUGCGCGACUACGAGCGUGUCAAUCAUCUCAGUCGCUGGUACUCCAUCUAUCUCACGAUCGACCUCGACCACAGACAGAUCAGACAAGAAUGGGUCGACGCCGCUCUCCUACACCAUCAAUUAUCUCUGCUUGGAAACACGCUCAUGCGCGAAGAUUGCGAGCGUUUCUUGGGCAGCCUUGCUAGAGUCGAUCAAGUCGGCAACGGCUACAAGCUCAGUGUUAUCGUCACCCCUUCAUUGAACAAGUCAUACUUUGAGGAUGAGCUCGUCUGCCCUGAAUAUGCUGAGAGCGUUCCGGAACAUGGAUACCGAAGAACCCAUGCCCACGGCGGCUUCACUGUGUUUUCGGAUGCAUUGGAGCGCUCCUUAUCCCCCAACGAUCAUUACAAUAUGUUCCGGGUGUGCAGAGUGAUAGUCUGGUUCAAAAUUUUAACGCCAAGUCAGCGCAAAAUGUUCCAGAUGCUGUACGAUGAGAUGAGAGCUGUUUUCUACAUUGUGCACCCAGAGCACGCGCCUCGGUCUUAUGACCCGGAACAUCAACAGACCCCAGUUGAAAAUAACGAACAAUUAGGCGCUGGCGGAUCUCCUUUGUCUGUGAGCAGUCAGGUUAAUCCAGCCAAGCGCGUCGCCGACACGGAUGCAGAUGCAGACCUGCGCCCAGUGAAACGACGACGAUGCUUGUCUGGUAGCGAAGGAGACCACAGACGCUGCCCCUUUAUUACAAGUAGUGAUUGAUCACGGGGAUGGGUUUGGAGGAUAACAUCACAUGGACGAUCGCAACGAGUGUCGUCUCUAGCUCUUGUCGACCCGUCUGAUCCUUUUGAUUUCCGCGCGCUCACUCGUUUAUCUGUUUUUUCUGUCUGUGUGUCUGUCUUUCUGUCGGCCUGUCUCAAGCAUCUGCUGUCGGCAUUGUAUUAUG